GUACACAUUUACCCCCAGUUAUGAUUAAAACAUAUAAUAUUAUCGGCAGGGUAGUUUACAAUUGAUAAGAUUUGUACAUGACAAAUUAUAUAUGGAAACUUUAUAGCAGGCGUUGACCCUGAAUUAUGAAUAGUUUAUGUAUGAGAUCACGGUUAUCUGAUAUCGGUUAUAUAUAUGUGUAUCUUACGUUAGAUUUAUUUUACGUUUUUAACAGGUAACCCAGUUCGAUUAAGUCAAAUAUAUUACUAUCAUAUUUCACAAUCUUUUGACACCAUAUACAUUGUGGAGGUAUAAUCGUUCAUUGAUCUAUUGUGGAUACAAUAUUUUACGUGAUCUAAAGCGAUCAUGUCGGUUUCCAGGCAUAAAGUCAGAAAUGACAGAAACAUUCUGUUUACAUCUAAACUAUGUUGUGAAGCUUUGGUAUCCACAUUGCUCCUGUAUGCAGUACCUACAUUACUCAAGGAAGGGACAUUAUGCUACAUCAAUCAAAACACAGUGCUGUGGGGACCUCUACCUUAUAUUACAGACAAGAUGGGAGUUAUGAUUAAAGACACCGCUCAGAAACUUAGAAACACAGCUGACAGUAUGCUGUUUAAUUUAUUCAGAGAGAAAAGGACACUUGUUUUAGUUCAAAUUCAGUUCGAAUCAUUUGUUCUUGAACAGUCGGAUGUUCUCUCGGUACUUAAGUCUAAAUUGACAAGACACAUUUCAACUGGAGUUUGUAUGACAAGAUCUGUCAAAAGUACUGAAUUUUUGAAAUUGUUAAAACUGAAUGAAGAGCUUGUUUAUGACAAAAACAAAAACAUAGAACCGAAAAAGUACUUAGCUGAAAAAAGGAAUAAUUCGAAUCGUAAUGGCACAUUUUGGAUGAUUUUAGAAUCGCAAACUGAUUCCAGCCGGAUUACUUGCGAGGCACCAAGAAAAUACGUUCGGGUAGACGUCUUUAGAUGCAUGUCUGACAAUAAAAACGAAAUUGAAAUUCCUUCACCCAAAAAUGUACUUCAACAUAUUAUUACGGCGUACCCAUUUCAUUCAUACAAGCACGAUCUACCGGAAAUGCCACACGAAGAUGAGAAAUACCCUGUACAAGCAACUGAAAUCGACGCAGGACAGCUUUCAUUUGGCUCUUACAGACCAACGAUUGCAAACAGUAUAUUUCCUAACAAUAGCCAACGAUCCGAUCACCAACGUGAUAUUCAAGAAGCCAGAAGAAAUUUUAAUGCCGUUACAUCGGGAACUGGUCUUCAAAGACGUACCAAACCAGCUCGAUAUCCGGAUUAUACCGCUUUGGAUAACAGAGUAUCAUCAUUCCAAACGCCUAAUUGGGACUCUAACAACAAACCUGAUACACUAGUGCUGGUAAACUGGGGUUUCUUUUAUACAGGUACUGAAGAUUUAGUAAGAUGUUACCAGUGUGGAUUAGGUUUAAAAGACUGGGUGAAAGAUGAUGAUGUGCUUCAGGAACAUGUUAAACAUUCUGCUACAUGUGACUACCUUCUAACGAGACUUGGCAGGGAAACGGUGGAUCAAAUCAAAAUCUCUCUUGAGAGUCCAGGUUGCAGCACCAACACGUCAAGUGCGGGUCAGUUGUCUUAUAAGAUGCGUUCUCCAAGAUACCAGACAAUGGCUUCCAGGCUAGCUUCCUUUAAGGACUUUCCCAGGCACAUUCAUAUUUCACACCAGCAGCUUGCUGUGGCUGGACUCUUCUAUACAGGAAAAGGAGAUUUGUGUCGCUGUUUUACAUGCGACGGUGGUCUAAAGGACUGGAGUGCAGGAGACGAUCCAAUCAAAGAACAUGCCACGUACUUCCCAAAAUGUACCUACAUCAAUCAGCUUAAAGGGUCUGAAUAUGUUAGAGUAUUACAGCGUACCCGUCAAAAUGAACAAUCGACGGUAAGAUAAAGAAACAUAAAACUGAAUGGGAAAAAAUAAAAUUGUAUGGAGACACUACCCUGGACCGCUGAAAUAUUUAGAAUGUAGAAAUAUUUUAUAUGAACAUAAAUUUCAUUAAAAGAAAACAUUAAAAUGAAAAGCAAACUGAAUUAGUGGUGUUCAACCCUUUUCGUAUAAUAUCAAAAGACGAUGUUUAAUUUUCCAUGCACUCUUGGAUACUGUACAAGAAUCCGCGAUUAAACUUUUGGUUCUGUUUAGCUUUACUGAGCUCCA